AUGUCUGCCAACAUGUCCGCCAUCACUGCUAAGGGUGCUUGCCCUCCUGCCGGCCCCUACUCCCAAGCCAUCCGCGCCAACGGCCAAAUCUUCGUCUCCGGCCAAAUCCCCGCCGACUCCACCGGCGCCCUCGUCACCGGCAACAUCGGCGACCUGACUCAAGCCUGCUGCAACAACAUCCAGGCCAUCCUGACCGCCGCCGGCUCCGAGGUGUCCAAGAUUGUCAAGGUGAACGUCUUCUUGACCGAUAUGGCCAACUUUGCCGAGAUGAACGCUACCUACGAGAAGUUCUUCGUGCACAAGCCUGCUCGCAGCUGUGUUGCUGUGCACCAGUUGCCUAAGGGCGUGCCUGUCGAGAUUGAGUGUAUUGCUUUGGAGUAG